AUGGAAAGGCGCUACCAAGUCAUGGUGCUCACCCUGGACUCCAGCAGAACACAAAACCAGCAGCUCUACAGUGAGAUCCAACAACUGAAGCACGAAAGGAAAGACCUGCAAGAUCAACAGUGGAAAGAGAAUGAGAAGAUGGCCUGCAUGCAGAAAACACUGAAAGCAGAGCUGGAGCAGCACAGGCUAUCCAUACAAAUGUUGGCAUCAGAAAAAUCAGAUUUACAAUCUGCCCUGGCCCCCGCGCAGCAGGUGGCCAAUGAAAGCGCCCUGGAGCAGGAGGCUCUCACCAGCCACCUGCAGGCCGCACAGCAGCGAGUGACAAAGCUUGAUCUCGAGUUGUCUGCAGUGUCCACCAUGCAGGAGACCGAGAACAACAACAUAGAGCUCAUGAAAGCCCUGAACCGCGUGCAGCUGCAGCUCCAGGAAAAGGCCAGAAGCUAUGAAGAUCUGGAGGAUGAGAACACCAAGCUGCAGGAGAAGCUGGAAGUGCUUCUGACACAGAAGGCUGACAUGAAGAUCCAAAUCCACAAGUGCCAAGAGGCACUGGUGGAGCAGGCAGAGAUGGAAAGACAACUAAACCACAUGAAAGAGUUGGUAACAGCAUUAAAGGUGGAGAGAGACACCUUUGCAGAGUUGCUGAGGGCGGAGAGUUCUGCGGGGAAGGAGAAGGUGCAGCAGCUCUUAGAGCAGGUGAGCCAGCUGAGAGAGGAGAAAGAGCUGGGGGUGAGGCAGGUGUGGGAGCUAGAGAACAACCUGGUGGAGCUGAGAGCACAGCUGGCAGAGCUGCAGCUCCCGCAGCCCCCCACAGGGCCAUCUGAGGCUGAGCAACAGCUGCAGGCCCAGGCCCUGCAGUUGCAGAAGGAGCUCAAGAGCCUGGAGGAGCAACUGCACAUGCAGCUGGAGGAGAACCAGAGCCUCGGCCUCCAGAACCUGGAGCAGCAGCAACGGCUGUGGACCAUGGAGAAGAAGGCUGAGGAAUGGGACCCACAUGCCGAGGCUCGGCUGAAGAUUGUCGAGAUGAUGGAGAAGGAACAGGAGACUAAGAGGCGCAUGCUGGUGCGCAACCAAGAGCUGAAAGACGAGCUGGCCCAGCUGCAGGAUGCCGUGCAGAGGCUGAUCGCUGAGAAGGAGGAGCUCGCCAGCCUCCUGUGCUCAGAGCAACAAGAGAAGACAAGCCUGCAGGAGAAGCUGGAGGAGCUGGAAGAAAAGGUGGCAGAAGGCAAAGAGAUGGCUGAGUUGGAGAGCCAAGUGGCUGAGGACCUGCAGGAGCUGCGUGACAAGUACCUGGCCCAGGUGCAGGAGGUCAUAGCCACCCAUGAACAGCACAGGGCCUCCCACCAGCAGCUGACCUCCGAGAAGGAGACCCUGCAGCAGCACCUGCUAAGGCAGAGCCAUCUGCUGAAGCAGCUGAAGCAGGAGCAGGUGCAGCACAAGUUACUGGCCCAGAUGGAAAGGGAGAAAUUCCAGGACACUCUGAAGUGUCUGGAAGCCACAAGACGUGAGAAUGCUCAGCUGCAGGCCCAGCUGAGCGCCCUGGCUUUCCUGAAGGAAGGGGAAGGCCUAAGCAAAGAAGGAGACAAGGAGUGCAAGAAGGCGAGGCUCAGCCGGCAGAUGCAGGAACAGCAGGCCCACUGUGGGUGUCUGAGCCAGCUGGCAGCCCAGUGCCAGAGAAACCUGGAGCACCAGGGGCUCCAUGGCCUGUUGGGAGGGUGGAAGCAGAAGAUACAAGCGCCUAAAAUGAACCUGCACAUCUGCUUCCCCGAAGACCCAGCCGCCAAGGUGGAUGCCCAGAGUCCAGUGGAUGACCUGCAACAUUGCUGCAGCCAGCUGUCCCAACACAUGGCCACCAAUGAAGAGACCAUCGUGUUCUACAAAGAACAGAUGGACGCCCUGGAGAAGCUGUGUUAG